AAUGGUACCAAGAUUUGCUAGUUUCCCUACAAACACAGUGGAUGGUUUCGGUUAGCCGCUCCCGGCCCAAAUGUGUUUGCACGAAUCGAGGCUUGGUCCUGACCGGCUCCGGUAGCUCGAUACCGGCUGCUGUUCGGCACUUUUGCGCUUAGCAUUAGCGAGUCCUGUCAGCGGAGCUCCAGCUCGACAUGUCCGGCGUGGCCGCUGCUGCUGCUGCCGCGAGCGCGGGCGUCUCUGGCUCGGGCGCGGCAUGUGGGGCUUCGGGGGUCGCCGGCCGGCUGCCGAGCCGCGUCCUGGAGCACAUUUUCUCUUAUCUGGAUUUAUCGGACCUGAUGCGGUGCUCGCUGGUCUGCUGGCACUGGAACAACUGCUUGGCGGAUGAAAAUAGCGAGGUAUGGCGAAGCCAGUGCACGCGCUUACUCAGCGAAGAGGCGCUGCGCUCCGAUAUUCUCUGCAACCUCGCCACAUACAAAGGAAAAUUGAAGUCAUUUCAGCAUGCACUGAGCUCCCACGACUGCUCCAGGAACGUGUAUAUUAAGAAAAAUGGCUUCACACUCCAUCGUAACCCGAUUGCUCAGAGUACUGAUGGUGCUCGUGCAAAAAUCGGCUUCACGGAGGGCAGACAUGCCUGGGAAAUCUGGUGGGAGGGGCCCUUAGGCACGGUGGCAGUGAUCGGUAUCGCGACCAAAAGGGCGCCCAUGCAGUGCCAGGGCUAUGUUGCACUGCUGGGGAGUGAUGAUCAGAGCUGGGGCUGGAAUCUUGUUGAUAAUAACCUGCUUCACAACGGCGAGGUCAAUGGAAACUUCCCACAGUGCAAUAACGCACCCAAGUACCAGAUAGGAGAGCGAAUACGUGUGAUUCUAGACAUGGAUGACAAGACGCUGGCGUUCGAGCGAGGGUUCGAGUUUCUUGGCGUGGCGUUCAGGGGACUGCCCAAAACCUGCCUCUUCCCUGCUGUUUCGGCUGUUUAUGGUAACACGGAAGUCACGAUGGUGUACCUUGGAAAACCUCUAGACGGCUGAGGAGCAUCUCGGUGCCAUGCCAAUGAAAUCAAAAGCCAAGGAGACAUCCAGAUGGCAAAAUAAUGACUCUGAGCAGUCCACAGUGUGAGAGCCUGUGAGAGAUUCAUCUGGGCAGAAAUGUGCAGAUUAUAAACCGGGAUUAUGGGGUGAGACUCUCCAAAGCAUGCCUCUGUGGAUUAAGGGAGUCUCUGGAUGGCUAAGGACAAUUGUUUUUAAAGCUGAUUUUAAUGUAAUUUAUGAAGACACUGGACUAUGUCUCAUUUAUAGAUAAUUAAUCCAGCCUGAUUCAGUGGCAGGUUUGAACCGUUAACCACAGUCACAGAAUGCAUUUCUAAACCAUUACAGCGAUGAGGGACUGUAAGUAUUGCAUUUAUACAAUAACUGGAUGGUUUUAGAAUUAUACUCUGCACCACAAAUGCAAUCCAUAUGUAGGCAAACGACAUGCCAAAAACGAUGUUCCAAUUACCUCUACGCAGCUCAACCAUUUUUAACUUAAAUACAAGACUGCUUCACUAGAGUUAGUGCUUUGCAUGCAGUGUAGUUGAAGCUGUCUGUUGCCAUUGGUUUUUGUGCAGGAAGUCCAAAAGCAAUUGUCACGUUUCUGGAAUACUUAAUUGUGAUGUACUAGUGUAUGAUAUUAAUUUAUUAGGUUUUAUCCUUGUUAUCACCGAGGUUAUGGGGCCGGUAAAUAAACUAUAUGGUGCCAGUCUGUUAAAGUA